AUGGCUUUAGCUGGAGGUGUGUGGAUUCAUGCCAAUUCCUUCUUGGAUCCUUGGUUUCGUUUCAACCAUAGAGUUUUUGACAAAGAGGACAGUUGCCACAAUUUCAACUUGUCUAACUCGGGUAGAAUAUGGAUUAAAUGGGACCCCCUUCUCAUCCAAUUUAAUCCAACCCACUUCACUACUCAGCUGAUAUCCGAUGAAUUACAUAGGGGACUGGAUUUGCUUUGUGUGCUCUCAGUUAUCUAUGCCUCAAAUUCCCCUACAGACAGAAUUCAACUUUGGGAUAAAAUUGGAGAGAUUGGGACUCACAUUACCUCUUAUUGGCUCAUUUUUGGGGAUUUCAAAUGUUGCUUACAUGCUGAAGAGAAAUUUGGAGGGUCCUCACUCCUUGCUUCUCAUCUUUGGGACUUCAACUCUCUUGCGUUUGACUUGGGCUUGCUUGACUUGGCCUCCACUGGCCUAAAAUACACAUGGUUUAAUCAGAGGGCUAAUGAGCGUAUUCACCUGAAGUUGGAUAGAAUGUUGAUAAAUGAUAAGUGGCUAGAAUCCUUUUCUAGAUCCUACUAUGAAGUUCUCUCCCCUUCUUGCUCGGAUCACUCCCCUAUUGUGCUUUACUCUGGACAGCCAACCAAGUUGAAUCACAGAUUUCACUUCAAAAACUUUUGGACUAAGCAAGGCUGCUAUUGGGCUGAACUUCUUAAUACUUUUUCACAACCGUCUCAUGGGAAUCCCAUUCUUGGGUGGUAUAGCAAGUUAAAAAAUUUCAAGGAAAGCAUCAAAGGUAAAACUUGGGCCAAUUCUUGCUACCUUUCUACACACCUAUCCUCCCUUAAAGACCAGCAGUCCCUUUGUCUUGGCAUGCUCAAUAUUGAUCCUCAAAAUAUUUGCCUGAAUCAAAGAUUAAAAUCCCUUAAUGCUCAAAUUUAUGAUUGCUCUUCCUCUUGGUCCAAUUGGGUGCUUGAACGGGCUAAACUUAAGUUACUUUCUCAUGGAGAAGAUGACUUAAAAUUUCUUUAUGCACGAAUUAGGAAGAGAAGGAAUCAUAGCUCCUCACCAUUGGUUUCCAGUGAAGAUCCUAUUGUUAGGCAGGACUUGAUUAAUUCUAUUACUCAACACUUUGAGAAGCUCUUCAAUGCUACCCAACCUGCCAUCUUAUGUGAUCCCUCCCUUAUUCCCAAAGGUACUGUCAUUCCAUCUCAUUUAUCUGAUUUGCUGACUGUGAUGGUUACAAAUGAUGAAAUUAAAGCUGUUAUUUUCCAUGGGAGUUCCAACUCCUCUCCUGGCCUUGAUGGGUUUAACUUUGAGUUUUAUAAAUCUAGUUGGCUUAUCACUGGCCCUUUGGUGUGCAAAGCUGUGAAGUCUUUUUUCUCUAAGGGAAUGAAGGACAUCAUGCCUCUUAUCAUUGGGGAUAACCAAGCUGGUUUCAUCAAGAAUCAUAUAGCCACAGACAAUAUCCUUCUUGCUUCAGAAGUCCUUUUAGAUUUCAAAAAGUCAGCCAAAAAGAACCUUAUGUGUGCCAAAUUGGAUAUUCACAAGGCCUUUAAUUCGGUCUCUAGAGAAUUUAUUCUGGCCAGAAUGAGACAUAAAGGUUUCCCCCUACCUUUAUUCACUGGGUUAAGGCUUGCAUCUCUGAUGUUCACUUUUCCAUUUGUAUUGAUGGUGCUCUGGAAGGCUAUUUCCACUCCUCUUCUAGUAUCAUACAAGGAUGCCCCCUUAGCUCUUAUCUAUUCUGAUAGCUUUAUUGGGAUUCAAAAAAAGGACAUGAAAAUAUCUCAUAUGUUGAAUGCAGAUGAUCUUCUCAUUUUUGGGGAAGACUCACUGAAUAACUAUGCUGUUCUCAGGGAGGUUUUAGACUCUUUCGCCAACAUUUCUGGAUUAUUGCACCAUGCCAAGGUUACUGAUUUUGUGGGGGUGGAUGGCUGGUUGUUUCCAAAUUCUGUUAAUGAGGGAUUAAACCUUGCUCUGGCUCAUAUUGGCAUCUCUACUGAUGCUAAAAACACUUUACUUUGGAAUGACAAGGAAAAGCCCUCAUCUUUAUAA